AUGACCAGGGUCACGUGCAUCCCUGACAAGCUGCGCUGUCGAGUAGCGGCAAACCUCCAUGCAAGCCAUCAGGGGCUGGAUUCAAUGCUCAGAAGAGCCAGGCAGACGGUGUACUGGCCAGGCUUGGAAGGAGACUUGCAACAUCAAUGGUCUUCCUGCGACAUCUGCAACGCUCAGGCACCUUCACAAUCAUCCAAGCCGCUGAUCCUCAUGCCACCCCCUAAGUAUCCCUUCCAGCAGACAGUGGUGGACGUCUUCCAGCUGGACGGGAACUCGUACUUGGCAUAUGCUGACAGGCUAACUGGCUGGCUGGAGGUGGCGCAACUGCCCAAUGGUGCAACCUCAAGCAAGAUCUUGAACCAGCUGAGGCUCUACUUUGCAAGAUCGGGUACGCCAGAGCAAGUCUCGACAGAUGGCGGAACUAAUUUGGCGAAUGAAGAGAUGGCAGAGUUCUUUGAGAGAUGGAGCAUAACUGUGCGUCUCUCCUCCGCUCACUACCCGCAAAGCAACGGGUGUGCAGAAGCUGCAGUAAAAUCUGCAAAGAGAAUGCUGUGUGGCAACACAGGAGCGAGCAGGAGCCUCAACAAUGACAAAGUUUCUCUCGCUCUGCUGCAGCAUCUAAAUACGCCCCUUCUGUGA